CUGAAGGACCGGUUGGUUUUCCUGGACUCAGGGGAAUGAAGGGUUACCUAGGGCCAGAUGGUCCUCCGGGCCCGACUGGCUUACCCGGACUGCCAGGCAAACAAGGACGACAGGGUCAGAGAGGCUUGGUGGGACAAGAGGGACCCGCUGGACGUCCAGGUCCCAGGGGAGAGGUUGGACGUCCUGGACCACCUGGAGAGAGAGGGCCAUCUGGUCAGAAGGGAGAGUCUGGACUUCCAGGGGACAGGGGAACCCUGGGAAUCAAAGGUAUGCAGGGGGCUACAGGUGACCAGGGCAGGAAAGGUGACCCAGGGCCCAAAGGACAACCAGGGGAGUCUGGAAAUCUGGGGAUGACUGGUUUGCAGGGCUUUCCAGGGCCAAAGGGACCAGAUGGAGAUUUGGGAUUGAGAGGCUUCCCUGGCCCAAAAGGCCCUGUGGGUACUUUGGGAUUCACUGGACCUGUAGGCCCUGAAGGAUCGAUGGGCCCAGUGGGAAAACCUGGACUAAGGGGUCCAAAAGGAAGCAAUGGUGAAAUGGGGCCUCAAGGGCCACAGGGAAGUCCAGGACCCAGAGGACCCCCUGGUGCUCCAGGUCCAACAAGGCUGAUAUAUGAUCACUCAGCAGUCUACAGUCUAUCAGACUCAAAUGCUGCCCUGAGGACAGAGAGUUUCCAGAACACAGAGGUGAGCCUGCUAGACCAGAAUACGAAGAUACUCCAGACUCUGCGUUACCUAAGCAGUGUGAUUAAAAGUAUCAAACAGCCUCUGGGUACGAGGGAAAACCCAGCUCGAGUCUGUAAGGACAUGUUGGACUGUCAACACCCGCUCAAAGAUGGUUGGUUCUGGAUUGAUCCAAACCUGGGCUGUACUUCUGAUGCCUUCAAAGUCUUCUGUAACUUUACUGCAGGGGGACAGACCUGUUUGCACCCACUGGCCUCUAAUAAGGUAACCCAAAGAAACCGUGAGAUACCAGUGGGAACAGUACAGUAAUUGUUGGGACAUUCACUAUUUCUUCCAUGUCCGCUGAUUCUAUGAACCUUUCCACAUCAUCUUGCCUCUGUUUUCUUAAAUGCAGGAGAUGCUGUAAGAGGUUAUAUCAGUUUUUCAAACAUUUGAAAUUCUUGUGUUGUGGUUAUGAUAACAUACUGGCACAACUUUUUGUACUUU